AAUUUAUGUAAUCAUUACUCUGCAAAAUGUGCAUGCAUAAAUUACAAUUACAUUGUCUCAUCUCAGCAGAGUGACCUGAAUCCUAUGAAUGGUGGAAAACUCAGUGUGACGAGUAACUGCAGUAUCAUACAGACUUUCUAGAGAGAAAGUGGGAGAGGAGAAAAUCUAAAUUCUCAUAUUGCACGUGCUUGCCCGCUCAGUUUAGUAUUUAAGCCAAGUGCAAGAAGACUUGCAAAAUGGAUGAAAAUAUCAUGCGCUGUAUUUUUAUUCUUAUUGCUGCAUUUGUCGGGCUAGUCGGCUUACUGAUGAACUGCCUGGAACCUUAUUUACCCGUGUGGCUAAUACGCACUUAUCGCUACGGCAAGUUUAGUGCAACGGAAAACCACUUCAUAGUCGCCAAAUUCGAAGUACCGAAAAAAUGGUUCAAACAUAUGUAUCUUUUUGCUGCACCAGCAUCCAUUGUUACACUUUUCUUAGUUCUUUAUAAAUAUAUCUUUAAUGGGACUCUACCCGAAAUUAUACUGAUGGCAUUAGACACGUCAUUAAGCACUUCAAGACAAGCCUCAGUGCCAGCAGAGGCUGUAAUUCUAGCUACUGUUUUAAUUAGCAUACAUUGUUGCAAAAGAUUAUACGAGUCGUGUUAUGUUAGUAUAUUUAGUAAUCAGAAAAUACACGUAUCUCAUUAUUUAUUAGGACCUAUACAUUACACAGGAGUAUUCGUAUGUAUAGUAGGUGAAGCUGAAGGAUUCGUUAGAGGUACACACGCACAUUUCUCUUGGGACAAAUUAAUAAGCGGAAAACUGGUCUGCGCAUUUGUGCUCUUAUUGUCAUCUUACAUGCAAUUUAGAACGAACAUUAUUCUCAGAAACCUGCGCAAACGGGAGAACAGUGACGUUGUAUCUUAUGCCCAUAAGGUGCCAUUCGAUGGUCUAUAUAAAUACAUAUCAGCCCCAUUACAAUUCACAGAGAUACUUGUGUACUUGAUGUUGUCUGUGAUACUUUGGCAAGCUUCUACCUUUCAUUAUAUCACCAUUUGGGUCGUAGCGAACCAAGUGAUGUGCGCAGUUCUAACUCAUCAGUGGUACCGCGCGACCUUCAAAAACUAUCCCAAAGAAAGAAAAGCUUUAAUUCCUUACAUUUGGUGAAACUUUGACUUUGACUUUUAUCUUUACUUUUCAAGAUGUUUUAUGCUUGAAGUGCUGGAAAUAAUUAUCUAUAUCAUUUUAUGAUAUAAAUACGUUUCACGUAACAAUAAUUUAUUUAUUAUAUUUAUUUGGUUCAAAGAGGCUUGAUAUUGUUAUGUAUUGUUAUACAUAUUACAGAUAUGAAUAAAGAUGUGAUAUAUACAUUGAAAA